AUGUAUCGGACUGAGUCGCAAGAACGAAGGUCUAGGAGUCAAAGUAGAUCUCCCGUCCGAGUCAGCUUUCGUGCUGAGAGGCGGAGCGAGGAAGCGGAGGCUCGCCUUAUAUCGCAUCCAAGGCCGUACCGGUCGAUCGUUCUAGAGCGUCGUAGUUCUGUGAAGUUGUCAGAUGAAACUUCGAGCAACGCUGACUCUGUGCCGCGUCGCCGUCUGGAGUCACCUAGUCGGAGUAUUCUAAAACCUAUAGGCACCGAUCGCGAGACCUCUUACCGGAGGAAGGACAUAGUGCGCGAAAGCCAGGAGAGAACGCAUGUCGAAGUGGGAGGGCCACAUGUCCAUUUUGGUGAAGGAGGAAGGCAAGAAGAGCCGGUACUUGAACCAAGAGGCAGACCAAGGUAUUUAGAUACGCGAAUGGCAAGCGGCGACAACUACAAUCACUAUCGGGAGUAUUCUCGGCACCGAGUCGUCGAUGGCCCUCCGCCUGAGUCACCAACUCAGGAUUUUGAAAGGAUCCGUAUUCGCAACUCAUCGCCAUCUCCAAGAAAACAGUAUGAAGAGGAGAUUCGUAUCGAUCGACAGCGCCGUCUCUCGCCCUCCCCUCCACUUUCUAGACGUUAUGAAGAAACUCGCUUCCGGCGUACUUCCCCUCUAACCACUCGCCAUACACCACACGCACCACCCUCCUCUCCGUCGCCCGAGCGUCCACCACAGCCACUAUAUCGUCACGUUACCCGCACACGAGCCCUCGAGCGUACCGGGCAUGUGACCCCGCCAUCUAACUGCCGAAGACAGGAGGAAGAUAACACGGAUUCGGAGAGCGCGCACUCUGGAGAGAUCACUGAAGUUAGAAGCUGGAAGGGUAUCGAUGAAAAUGGACAGCCUGCUACGUUUGUAGAAGAGAGAAGAACCAUGAGAAUGAUCGAUCAAGGCAGCGAGAGGGUUGGGCUCGUGAGAGAGUAUCGAGAUAUGAGAAGAGGUCAAAGAUCAGAUGCAAGAGACAGGGUGACAAGUCGGAGUUGGAAGGAUGUAUAA